AUGUCCUCAAACGUGGGCCUCUCCACCCCAAGAGGAAGCGGCACCUCCGGCUACGUCCAGCGCAACACAGCCUUCAUCAAACCGCGCAACGCAGGCUACGGCGCGCCCUACCCACCAGUCUCCGGCGCAAAUUCCAGCAUCGCCGCCGACCGCCCGUUCAAGCAACGGCUUCCCGACAAGCAGAUCCUCGAGCAUGACCGGCGGCGCGCGAUCGAGGUGCAGGUUAUGGAGGAGCGGGAUAGACUCGAGGAGGAGAAUGAGCGGAUUGAAGAGGAGCAGAAGGCCCACAACAAAAAGAAUACCAAGUCUUCUUCUAAGUCCAAGGAUGCGGAUGCAGCUGCAGACGCAGACGCAGAUGCUAGUCAGCACGUCCUGUCCGAGGAGGAAAUCGACGAGCGGUGCGACGCGCUGCGCCGCAAACUUGUCGCCGAGCUCGAGGCUGAUAUGGCCGAUGAUGCUGAGGCCGGUGGUGCUGAGGGCGGCCGGAGCCGCAGGAAGCCGUUGCCCAAGGAUCGCAGGCAGCUUAAGUCGUAUCAGGUGCAUGAGUUGGCUGAGGCAAAGAUCGAGGAGACGGAGCGGUUGCGCAAGGCUUUGAAGAUUCGCGAGGAUCGGGAGACGGGGGAGAUUUCGAGUGGGAGGGCUUUUGAUCGACGGGACUAA